AUGAAUCUUCAGAAGGCGGUAGCGCUGUUGUUCAUCUCUACGUUUUUGUACGUAACAUUCUUGAUCUUUCAUCCCGGCGUUUUGUCAGCUUUACCGAAUAUACUUUCGUGGUCAUACUCCGAGUACAUUGAUAAUCCUUACGACGAUUCAGCUCGCCGCAAUCUCGCCUUAAACAUUUCAGAAAACACCGGACUUCCUCUGCUUAAUUUUAAAGAUCUGGGAGGCAACAAGGCCAAAGUGUUGCUCUUGGUUAUUGUUAGCACUGCACCACAAAGAUUUGACAGAAGGCAGGCAAUACGGGACACAUGGUGGAAGCACUGUGCUGGGGAUCAGGUAAAGCUACAGAAAACGUGCAACAAAAACGCGUAAUUUUUUUUUCCUCGCUGCAAAACGAGUUGAAUAGCGAUUUCGCACGUUUUACCACCCACGUUUGAACCUGUCUUGCAACAAACCAGGUUGUUGCCAGUUGUGUGAAUACUAACUUCUGAUUGGAUAAAACUACGCAAAAGUCACUCGAGAGCUCCUGACGAGAGUUACGUCAAUUGCUGAAAAACAAGUUUGCCCGGUGGCCUGUAAGACUUGCUACGUAUACAGAUUUUGCUGCAAAAAGGACAAUGAAACCUCUAUUAAGCGGACACUAAGCCGGGUCCCGAAAUUAACGUCUUAUAUUUCCCUUUAUAACGAACCCCUAUUCAACGGACACCUCUAUUAACCGGACGGGGACACUAAAAUAAGGUGUAUUUGGCUAAUUUCUAUUGUUAAAAGCCUCUAUUAAGCGGACACCGGACUGAAUUGACAAUAGUAGUAUUGGAUUACGUCCUUGAAAUACGGACUGAAGUCAGUUAAUGUUUUUGCAUUUACAAACAAAUUAAAGGUGGUAAUGAAAGGUAAUGAACUUGACCUCUUGCAACUUUAUCCCAGUACAGGGUAACCGUUGAAUGUUGAUCGUUAACAAACAUUGCGCAACUUUUACAAACCUCUUUUAAGCGGACACCCUCUAUUAAGCGACACUUGGGAAGGUCCCGAAGGUGUCCGCUUAAUAGAGGUUUGACUGUACUACUUUCCGCAACAAAGUUUUGCAACCUGCGACAAACUGGGUUGAUGCAAGACAGGCUUUAAUGUGGUUAGUAAAAAGCUCAACAUCGCUAUUCGACUCGUUUUGCAACAAUGUUGCAAAACAAGUUGCACGAUUUUGUUGCCCGAUUUACAGUCCCUCGGGACUAGCGUAGGUGUCCCCUUGCGGGUUAUGUCGGCCUGUGGGAAACUGGAUAAAUAUGAAGCGCUACAAGGGAUCAGUUGGAUAAAUUUGAUAUAGAGAGUUACUGCUGACUUAUUUAACUAAAGAACUACGCCAUUACUAAUCAAACUGUCCCAAUGAAAUUAUAUAUAUUUAUCUUGUGCUCAAAAAGAGAAUAUUAGCCCUUUUUAGUGUGAUUGUGAGUCAGCUUAAGGGAGGUUAUUUUAGCUUACGCGGAUCUCCACAAGGAUGUGGUUGCAGCUGGUCGAUCUGCGUUCUUAAAACCGAUAGCGACUAAUAAAGAAUGAUUUUCCUUAAUUUCAGCAGGUCAAGUGCGUUUUUGUUACAGAUGGUCUAACCGAGGACGAGAACCAACGCACACUUAUCCUCAGAGAAAGAAUCAUAUACAGAGAUCUAGAGUUUCAGCCAUUGCUUGGAGGCCGAGAGUUCGGCCUUCGCUUUCUCAACCAUAUAAAGUGGGCCAAGGCGAAGUUUGACUUCCGUUUCCUCCUUAGGACUGAUGAUGAUUACUUUCUUUGUCUAAAGAGGCUUCUGUCUGAGCUUCCGGUGCGGCCAGAUACAAGCCUGGUUUGGGGAAAUUUCCACUGUCAAGGUGGUAUAACGUGGGUGGACGAAUCGUUUAUGAUCUUCUCGCCCGAUAUUAUUUAUAAAUUCCUGGCGCAAAACGAAAGAACGAUGAUGUGCCACCCUCACGCGGACCAACAAAUCGGUCUGUGGCUGGAGAGCAUUGACAGCAAAUUGUUUUUUCACGAUAGCAGAUUAUACCAUCAUCCACCGGCAUCAUUUUCCAAGAAAUUCGAGAACGUAUUCAACGUCUGCGAUUCGUAUUUAGGAAUACAUGGAACUUACGUGGAAAAGAUGCGUUAUUUUGGACGGAAUGCCAACGAUGGGGCAAAAAGCGUGGUUUCCAUGGGAGAUUUUGCAGAUUUUUGUCCGACGACACAUUUUGAUUAUCGUAAAAUCAGUCCACCUUUCUUUUUUAAACCCAAACCUUGCAUCACCAAUCCAACCUGGAACUUGGAAAGAAAUAUGUACGGCGGCCGUGAAGAGGGACAGGUAGGGCAAUAG